AUGGAUCCUUCAAGCUCAGAUUCUGCGCUGAAUCCAGGCGAUGUGGAUUAUGAAUUUGAAUCUAACGAAGUUCCUGAGUUUUUGAGAUGGUGUAUUCUGCAGUCUGUGUAUUCACAGUUUAUGGCUUUAAAGCCUCUCUCUGUUGUUGAUAACGAGCUUGUUCCGAAGGUCGGAAUGACCUUUAGGACCCUUGAAGAUGCCGGAAAAUUUUACAGGAACUACGCCAAGGCUGCAGGAAACGCUCCGAAAGGGUUUCUCACCGAUCAGUGCGCAUCAAUAAAAAGGGCUUUAGAGGCCUGUAUGCCAACAACAGUUCACCGCUGGUGUAUUUGGCACAUCAUGAAGAAGAUUCCAAGCAAAUUAAACGGGUACAAGGCACACGCCGAUGUCGAACAACAAAUGAGCCAUGUUGUUUGGAACUCUCACAGCAAAGACUCAUUCGAUAGGAAUUGGAACGAUUUUCUGGUGAAUUUUGGUCUUGCGGACAACAAGUGGCUCUCAGAUCUGUACGAAGACCGUCACAUAUGGGUUCCUAUCUAUCUGGACCACCACUUCUGGGCAGGGAUGAGAAGCACACAAAGGAGCGAGAGCAUGCAUUCAUUUUUUAACAAGUACAUCACCCGUAACAGCUCGCUCAUUCAGUUCGUCAAACAGUACGAUAAUUGCCUCGGAAGCAGGGAGCAAGCAGAGAGAGAAUCAGAUGCUGCAGAUUUUCAUACGGUCAUACCAUGUGCAACCAAAUCCCCCAUCGAAACUCAGUUUCAAGAUGCGUACACCCAAGCAAAGUUUAGGGAAGUCCAAGCCCAAUUCAGAGGAAAGGCGAAUUGCAUCACCAGAUUAAAGAAUUCUGCUCUAGGCUAUUCAGUAUACGAAGUUGGAGAACAAGUUUCCAGCUCAAUAUUGGACAAGUUCGCGGUUACCUACGACUCAGUUACAGCCGAGAUAAACCUGUUUGAUGCUGCAUCAGCGGCGCAUUCAAGUAGCAGCCAAUACCAGGGACAAGUUAUAAAUUAUCAGUUCAGGGUACCAGCAGCAGGGGAUAACUCUUUGGGUGUAUAG